UCCCGCCCCCAGACGCCCGCAGCGGCCGCGGAGACACCGGAAGGAGCGGCGGCUGCUAAGGGAAGCGUCGGGCAGCGGCCGGGAUUCUGCGGGCCGCGCUGCGGAACCGUUUUGCGGCCCUGUGAAUCCGAGCGCUCAGGCUGCGAGGAGGAGCGCGGCGGGCGGCGGGCGGCGGGCGGCGGGCUGAGUUCUGGAAGUUUCUAUGUGUGCUGGUGAAGGAGAACCAUGAUCAUCGUUCUUAGCCAGCUGUGAACUGUGCAAGCUACCACAGCAGCUGUCUUGGCAGACACACCCACUGGUUUUGCCUGAUUGGAAAAGCCUUGAGAAAGAGAAAAAAAAAAAAAACUAAGAAAAUGACGACUUUUCGAAAUCAUUGUCCACAUUUGGAUUCAGUUGGUGAAAUAACAAAAGAGGAUUUGAUACAAAAAUCUCAUGGUGCUUGUCAGGACUGUAAAGUCAGAGGACCAAACCUGUGGGCAUGCCUAGAGAAUAGGUGUUCCUAUGUUGGCUGCGGGGAGUCACAAGAUCAUAGCACCAUACACUCGAAGAAGACAAAGCAUUAUCUAACUGUGAACCUCACCACCCUUCGAGUAUGGUGUUAUGCUUGCAGCAAAGAAGUAUUCUUGGAUAGAAAAUUAGGAACUCCUCCUUCAUUACCUCAUGUAAGACAGCCUCAACAAACACAAGAAAACAGUGUCCAGGAUUUUAAAAUACCCAGUAAUACAGCAUUGAAAACCCCUCUGGUUGCUGUAUUUGAAGAUCUGGAUAUAGAAGUGGAAGAGGAAGAUGAGCUGAAGGCUAGAGGCCUGACAGGUUUGAAAAACAUUGGAAAUACUUGCUAUAUGAAUGCCGCUCUGCAAGCUCUCUCUAACUGCCCACCUUUGACACAGUUCUUUCUUGAUUGUGGAGGACUGGCUAGAACAGAUAAGAAACCAGCCAUUUGUAAAAGUUAUCUCAAACUAAUGACAGAAUUGUGGCACAAGAGCAGGCCAGGAUCUGUUGUGCCUGCUAAUCUGUUCCAAGGAAUUAAAACUGUAAAUCCAACUUUUCGAGGCUAUUCUCAGCAGGAUGCCCAGGAAUUCCUUCGCUGUUUAAUGGAUCUGCUUCAUGAAGAGUUGAAGGAGCAGGUCAUGGAAAUAGAGGAAGAGCCUCAAGCACUAACUUCUGAGGAGACAGUGGAGGAAGAGAAGAGCCAGUCAGAUGUGGAUUUUCAGUCCUGCGAGUCAUGUAGCAGCAGCAGUGAGAAAGGGGAAAAUGAGAGUGUCUCUAAGGGCGGCCCUGAAGACAGCACUGAGACCACCAUGCUCAUUCAGGAUGAGGAGGACCUAGAGAUGGCCAAAGACUGGCAAAAAGAGAAGAUGUGCAACAAGAGCAACAAAGCAGAUUCUGACGGAGAACCGGAUAAAGACAGAGACACGGUGUGUGAAACAGUUGACCUAAACAGCCAGGAGACCGUCAAGGUGCAGAUACACGGCAGAGCCUCAGAAUAUAUCACUGAUGUCCAUUUGAAUGACCUAUCUACACCACAGAUCCUUCCAUCAAAUGAAAGUGUUAAUCCACGUUUAUCAGCAAGUCCUCCUAAGUCAGGCAAUCUGUGGCCAGGAUUGACACCUCCACACAAGAAAGCUCAGUCUUCAUCUCCAAAGAGGAAAAAGCAGCAUAAGAAGUACAGAAGUGUCAUCUCUGACAUAUUUGAUGGGACAAUCAUUAGUUCAGUACAGUGUCUGACGUGUGAUAGGGUGUCUGUAACCCUCGAGACCUUUCAGGAUCUGUCCUUGCCGAUUCCUGGCAAGGAAGACCUGGCUAAGCUGCACUCCUCCAGUCACCCAACUAUAGUCAAAGCAGGGUCGUGUGGCGAAGCCUACGCUCCACAGGGGUGGAUAGCUUUCUUCAUGGAGUACGUGAAGAGGUUUGUUGUCUCAUGUGUCCCUAGCUGGUUUUGGGGUCCAGUAGUAACCUUGCAAGAUUGUCUUGCUGCCUUCUUCGCCAGAGAUGAACUUAAAGGUGAUAAUAUGUACAGUUGUGAAAAAUGCAAAAAGUUGAGGAAUGGAGUAAAGUUUUGUAAAGUACAAAAGUUUCCUGAGAUUUUGUGUAUCCACCUUAAAAGAUUUCGACAUGAACUGAUGUUUUCCACCAAAAUUAGCACCCAUGUUUCCUUCCCCCUGGAAGGCCUGGACCUUCAGCCAUUUCUUGCAAAGGAUAGCCCAGCUCAGAUCGUGACAUAUGAUCUCCUGUCAGUCAUCUGUCAUCAUGGGACUGCAAGUAGUGGGCACUACAUUGCCUACUGCAGAAACAAUUUAAAUAACCUGUGGUAUGAGUUUGAUGACCAGAGCGUCACUGAAGUUUCAGAGUCCACCGUACAGAAUGCCGAAGCCUACGUCCUUUUCUACAGGAAGAGCAGUGAAGAGGCACAAAGGGAGAGGCGAAGGAUAUCCAAUUUGUUGAACAUAAUGGAGCCAAGCCUCCUUCAGUUCUAUAUAUCUCGACAGUGGUUGAAUAAAUUUAAGACCUUUGCUGAACCUGGCCCUAUUUCAAAUAAUGACUUUCUCUGUAUUCAUGGAGGUAUUCCUCCACGAAAAGCAAGUUAUAUUGAAGACUUAGUUUUGAUGCUGCCUCAGAACAUUUGGGAUAACCUCUACAGCAGGUAUGGAGGAGGGCCUGCUGUCAACCACCUCUACAUUUGUCACACUUGCCAAAUUGAGGCAGAGAAGAUUGAAAAACGAAGAAAAACUGAAUUGGAAAUUUUUAUUCGGAAAGAGGGUUUCUCUGUGUAACCUUGGGUGUCCUGGAACUCACUGUGUAGACCAGGCUUGCCUGCUUUUGUGCUACAGAGCAUGGGUGGCGGACGGAGGACAACUUGAGGGAGAGACUUCUUUGAUUCCAUCAUGUGGGUCCUGAGGAGACCAAGACCCACUGAGCCAUCUUGUCAAACUCAGGAUUUAUUUGUAACUGGGGAUUUAAACAUUGAUUAAAAAGCUAGAAAGAGUUUCCUAGACCACAGGCCUUAUCUGAGGUUGUGACGUUGUUCUUACCUUCAUGCUUCAAACUCAAAGAUACACCUGCCUCUGCCUCCUGAGUGCUGGGGUUAAACGUUUGCACCACCACCAUCUAGCAUUAAGGACUUUAUUUUUAAGUAAUGUCUGCACAGCUGUGGUUCAGGGUUGUUUCUUGGGUGGUGUGAGGUAGGAUGUGGGUCUUGGGAUUUGACCUUAGGGCCCUACACAUGCUAAGUCCAGGUCUUGUCAUUGAACGUUAUCAUUAGUCCCUUUGUUAUUUUGAGAUAGGAUUUCAGCAUUUUACAUCCACAUCCUAAGUGGCUGGUCAGAAGUAGGUGACCUCAGUGGCCUGGAAACUAAGACGAGUUUCUGAAACGUCAGGAAAGCAGGUAGGAUCAGUUUGAAGAAAUGUUGGAGGAAAUGGAGUGAUCACAGGACCUGGGGUUCAAAUGAUGGACACCAACGGUGGGUGACUUGGGGGCUGGCUGUCCCCUCCUCCUGUUUGGAUCAUAGGGAUCCCGUCUGCCGCCAUGCUUGCUGGAACUUCUGAUUCAUUGGCAGUCUUGCUGGCCUGCUUUAACUUCUGUUUAUUGCGUCAGGGUCUCUGCACCCCAGGCUGGCCUUGGACUUCUGAUCUUCUUGCAUGUCUUACACCACAGUCAAAGCAGCUCUUACAAUAGACAGCAGUUAACACUGGGGCUGGCUUACAGGUUGAAAAGGUCAGUCCAUUACUGUCAUGGCAGGAAUGAAUAGGUAGACACCGUGCUGGACAAGGAGCCACGAGUUGUACAUCUUGGUCUGAAGGCAGUCAGGAGAAGACUAUCUUCCAGGCAUCUAGGAAGAGGGUCUCCAAGCCAGCCCCAGAAGUGACACACAUACUCCUCCAACAAGGCCACACCUCCUAAUGGUGCCACUGCCUAGGUCAAGCAUAUUCACCCACCACACUGCAUUCACUACCCAAAGAGCUGAAAUGGUACAUCAGUAUGCCCAGUUCUUGACUUUUUUAGUACCUUCAUACAUAGACCCAGAAUUCUUCAUACCAUUUUAUUCCUAUGUAAGUAGCUUCUGAGUGUCAAAGUGCUUACCUUUAGUAAAUAUCAAAGGGUCAUGAGCAGCUGGGCAUGAUGGCACAUGUCUGUAACCUUAGCCUUUGGGAAGUAAAAGCAGGAGUGUCUGUAAUUUGAGGUCAUUGGGCUACAUGAUACACUGUCUUAACCCCUCCCUUUAAAAACGCCAUAGAGAAGGAAAAUGUUGAACAAGGGCUAAAGAGCUCAAGAGUAGUGUGGGGAAUUGAAAUGGUCACCAUAGGUCUGUUGUGGUGUUAAGAAAGGCUUGUCAUAACCAGGCUCUCAGAAAA